AGAUAAAUAAAUAAAUAAAAGAUCAACAAGAUUAGGACCAAAACCAUUGCUGUGAAAAAAAUGGGUCACCAGAAAAAGCUUCGGAAAGGUCUUUGGUCGCCGGAGGAAGACGAGAAGCUCUUCACCCACAUUUCCCGACACGGCGUCGGCAGCUGGAGCUCUGUCCCCAAAUUAGCAGGUUUGCAGAGAUGUGGGAAGAGUUGCAGGCUGAGGUGGAUUAAUUACCUGAGGCCUGAUUUGAAAAGAGGAAUGUUUUCUCAGGAGGAAGAAGAUCUUAUUCUCUCUCUGCAUCAUUCUCUCGGAAACAGGUGGGCACAGAUUGCGACGCACCUGCCGGGAAGAACGGACAACGAGAUCAAGAAUUACUGGAAUUCGAGCCUCAAGAAGAAGCUAAUGAGUAAAGGGAUUGACCCGGCCACCCACCGCCCGAUCGCCGGAGAUUUGGCGGCAGCGGCGGCGGCAGCAUCGAGGGACCAUUUUGGGGCGAAAGAAUGUUACAACAGCAGCCUAAUUUUGUCGGAACUCGAAGAUCAGUGUCGGCGCGGCUUGCCGAGGCAUUAUCUGUCCUUUGACAAUGGUGGUAGCUCGCUUUCAAAGAACGAUAAUGUUGUCGGGGGCGAGGAAGACGCGGGGGCGGAGUGUUCGGACAUCUCGGGAUAUAUGAAUUCGGCGACAACGAGUGGAGUGAAAGAAUGUUCUUGGGAAGAAGACAACCUUAUGAUGAAUCUUGGAGGCGAUGAAUUUGAUCAAUUCUCAUUGCCAUCGCUGUCGGAAAACCUCCAAGAUUUCGACCGAUGUAAUAGCUUGUAAAUCGAAUUGGAUAACAUUCACAUCUAAUCCGUUGCAGAUCUUGUUUUGAUCCGGCCAAGUCAGCAUGAUGUUGAUUUGAUCGGAUCAGCAUAUACCAUAUGAGCGAUCAACGUAUACUUAUACAUAUUUCAA